UUAGACCCAACAAAUGAGCAAAUAAAAAGGCAGAUACUGUACAGUAUAUUAUAUUGAUCAUGGCUAUUACAACGAACCCUCUUGUUGUUGGACGUGUAAUAGGAGAUGUUCUGGAGCCAUUUGCAAGUUCUAUCCCUUUGAGAGUUGUUUACAACAAUAACAAAGAAGUCAUCAACAGUGGAGAGCUCAAACCCUCCCAAAUAAUCAACCCUCCACGAGUUGAGGUUGGUGGUGAUGACCUCAGGACCCUCUACACUCUGGUCAUGGUGGACCCUGAUGCACCCAGCCCAAGUGACCCAAAUAUGAGGGAAUAUCUGCACUGGUUGGUAACCAAUAUUCCAGCGACUACAAGUGCAAGCUUUGGACAAGAGGUUGUGAGCUAUGAAAGUCCACGACCAACAUCAGGGAUUCAUCGUUUCAUAUUUGUGUUGUUUCGUCAACCGAGAAGAAUGUCUAUACCUGCUCCAGGAUGGCGCCAAAAUUUCAUCACUAGAGAUUUUGCAGAGUAUUAUAAUCUUGGCUUACCAGUUGCUGCUGUGUAUUUCAAUUGUCAACGACAAGGUGGUUCUGGGGGAAGGAGGCUAAUGUUAUAAAUUAUAUAUUCGAUAGAAAGAAAAUAAUGGAAAGUGUUAGUUAAUUAUUACUAAUUAUUAUUGCCCGAGCUAGCUAGGUGUAAGUCUAACACCUGUAGUACAUAAAUCGGAUCCUCUAGCACUUUUCUGAUCA